AGUAAAUAUUGCCUAAGCUGAAGGGAAUGUUAUCACAUGGCUCUGAUAAGUCACUGCUUAUGAACCAAGAUAAGACACACAAAGUAAAAUCUUUGGUCUUCACAAGAGGCUCUGUGAUCAGCUACAACAAUGAAGAUGAUACUGGGGAUCUUAUGGAUGUCCAUGCUGGUCCAGUCUAAAAGCCUAAUGUUCCAGCCUUUAGACUGUGCAGAUAUUUAUAACGACAGUUCUUUGACAAGUGGAGUGUAUCUGAUCUAUCCUACCGGACCCAACUCUGGCCGCUAUGUAUACUGUGACAUGGAGACUGAUGGAGGAAAAUGGACUGUGUUCCAGAGAAGAAUGGAUGGUACAGUGAACUUCUACAGAGGAUGGGAUCACUACAAGAAUGGGUUUGGGCAUGCAGCUGGAGAAUACUGGCUGGGACUUGAAACAAUCCAUCUUCUUACCCUGAAGAAGAACUAUGAGCUGAGGGUGGAUAUGGAGGACUUUGAAGGAAACAAGGUUUAUGCUAAAUACACAUCCUUCGGUAUCUCUCCCAUGGCUGUUAAUGCAGAGUUGGAUGGCUACAAACUUCAUGUAGAUGGUUUUCAAGAUGGAGGCGCAGGGGAUUCAUUAUCUUACCACAGUGGAUCAAAGUUCUCCACCUUUGACAAAGAUCAGGAUUCAUAUGAAGGCAACUGUGCUGUUUCCUAUUUUGGAGCAUACUGGUACAACUCUUGCUACUCGUCCAACCCAAACGGAAUCUACACAUGGGGGACAGAUUCCCAACCUGGACUGAACUGGAGAUCUUGGAAGAGUUUUGUCUCUGUGAAGAGUUUCUCCAUGAUGAUCAGACCAGUGAAUCUGACCUGACCUUCAAGACGCGUCAAAACACCUGCUGUUGUAAAUGAGUUUGUCCUGUUGUCCCAGAAUUACAUACUUUGAGUUCUUGAACUAGAGAAUCGUAAUGAAUGUGAUUUCUUGAUUUGUUUAAGCUCGUACAACUGCAAGCUUAUGACACCCUAAAGCGUAUUAUUUCGUAAGUACAUGGAAAGCAAUGCAAAC